AAAAAUUUAUAUAUAUACUCUUUUAAUCCGCUCUUCUUUUUUUUUUCUCAGAAACAUUUUUAAAAAAAAAACUAAUAUACACACAUACACACAUACACACACAAAAAAAAAAUUCAUAUUUAAUAAUAAUAAUAAACAUGGUUCGUCUUGUAACUUUGACAUUACUUCUUGCACUUAUCACUUUAGUCUCUUCUCAGUCUGUUUCGGUGUUAAAUACCCCAUCUGGACCUAUCACUCAAGGAGCGAAAGUAUUGGUCACUUGGGAAACAAUUGCACCAGCUACUCAACCAGGAGUUUUAUCGGCUAUCGCAAAGAGUACACAAAACACGACGGUAUUAUCAGAUAAUAUUGAUAUUAAUGCUAAGUCCUUCGAUUGGGUAGUCAAUGUAAUACCUGACACGUAUAGUCUCGCUCUUAAUGAUGGAUCUGGAAAUAAAUUUUCUGGUCCAGUUGAAGUAAUCGCAGCAAAAAAUCCACAAAGUCCCAAAACUCCAGCCAAAGCUCCAGCUGGAGGAGCUUCACCACCACCACCACCACCACCACCACCAGCAGCAAAAGGAAAACUUGUCCGUAGAGCUCCCCAAAAUAGCGCACCAACUCAAUCUCCAGCUGCAAAGAGCAGUUCCACUUCUACUAAAUCGGCAUUUGAUCUUUUAUUAAGUCUUAUGACCGUAGCCAUUAUUAUGGUACAUUCCGCCUAAACUAUAUAUUGUUAGAGACUAAGAUUAGAUAUUAUAUUACAUAAUUUAUUUUCAUGUGGGACGAGUCGGGUGAAAAUAAUUUCUUUAGUAUUAUAACAUUUAGUUUAAAAACAUUCUAGUUUAUAACAUUUAGUUUUCAAUUCUAUACUAAUAUAAUUUUAGUCCCAAAAAAAAAAA